GCUGGCUAUUGAAGAACCAAACAAAUUGGGAUGGUGACCCACUUGAACGUCCGUGUAUUUAGAACGACGCGCUAUCAAGUUGUAGUUUUGAAGUGACAGACUUGUGCUAUUGAUUGAAUGUGUGUUGCAUGUCAUUUGCAUAAAACUGUUGAUGUGUCUUCUGAUUCAUUUGAUCAUAGACUGAAAACUGUUUGGACUCUUUUCAACAGUUUCAUCUGGUAUCGAUUGGUUUCCAACCAAUAGUGGCUAUAAAUAGUAAGCAAUAAAUUCAAAGCAGUACAAGAAGCAGACCGGUAUCAAUUGGGUCACCACGAGGACACACCCGUUGACACAGCAUGGCUGAGAACGGACAAAUUCAGAGCAAUGGUAACAAAGAUGAAGCCCUGUCCAUCUUCAGUAAAUAUCAGUCGAGUUUUGCCAGACGGUUAAAGAAACCAGAAGCAAUGAGUAUGUUGAUGACAGAGUUCAAUUUAACAGAAAGUGAGGCUCAGAUUUUCUUCCAGGCAUUUGACAAAGAUCAUAAUGAUGUUUUGAGUCUUUGGGAGUUUAGACAAUUUUACCAGACAAUUGGAGCCAAUGCUCAUGACAUGAUUGAACUCUUCCGUAAACUUGAAGAACAAGAUGGCUCAGGAACUGUAGAUAUUGAAAGAGCUUUUGAGGCCUUGAAAAAUGUAGACAGUGGAAAGGGCAAACUGUCAGAAGAUGAAAUUGCCAUGUUCCUUAAGACCACUGCUGGUGACUCCAAGACCAUAGAUCUCCACAAAUUUCUGAACAUGAUGUGCAGAUUGAAGGUGUUUAAAGGUGUAGAGUAAACCUUCAUCUCGUCCUGAUCAUGUCCAACGGUGCUGACUCUUUGUGAUUGUAUGAAUGUAUAGACUUACAUUAUGGAUGAAUAUUUUGGUUAUAUGUAUAUUUGUAUGUAUUUGGUUCAUGUAAAUAUACUAUAGCUGUCGAGCCAUAUUUAUUAUAGAAACAUGUGUACAAAUGUACAACAUACCUAAUAUGUAUCAAUAUUUCAAUUUUCAUUAAGGUCAUUAAGCAUAUCCACAAAAUGUACAAUUAAAAUGUAUACACACCAUUUACAUUCCAGUUAAAACAGUUUAAACAUUUUUAAACUUCCAGAAAAUGUUAAUUUUUUUAUAACUGCAAUCUAAACCAAAAUUUUAAUGUUUCUAAAUUGUCUGACACCAAAUAAUGGUAACUUAAUUGAUAUAUAUAUAACAUGUAAUAUUUUGUUUACUUUUUAUAGAAUCAUUAUUUUCAUAAUUUAACUAGCAACAUGUUGGUGUUGAAUUAUACAAUUAUUUUGUUAGCUUCUAGUGAAAUCAACAUUGUGAAAUAAUUAAAAAUACUCUUUGAAAAUUUUCUUGUCUAAUUUAUUGGCUGUCUCAACAAAAUCUCAAUGAAUCAUGAGAGAAUGUAUCAGACAACUAGUCAACAAUCUGCUACAUCUUGUUCUGUAUGUUUGUACAAUCAUUUAGAGACAUGUUUCUAUAUAUAUACAUACACACUAGGAUACACACAUAUUGUAUAAAAAUAAAUUAGUUGUAGAUUUUAUAGAUGAAAUAUUUUGUUUUUAAAUAUUGCUGUCAUUUUAAAGUGCUCCUUGAAAGUAGAGGUGCUAUUAGUUUGGUGUGGACUUCCUAUCAUCAGCUUAUUUUGCUGGAUCUCAAAAACUAAAAGUGCUGUUGAAAAUCCAACUUCAUCAUAUUUUGUAGUACCCAUGCUGAAAAUGGGUAAAGGCUAUUUAAAUCUUCUUAAUGUGAAUACUUUUUUUUUUUAAAUAAUAUAUGCAGACCUUUAUUGUAUCAAUAAUUAAAAAGACUAAAAAUGCUCAUUGUAUACACAUAGGCUACUCUGCAUGUCACCUUCUAUGUUUCAAUCAAUUUCUCCAAUUUCAAUGUCUACAUGCUAACCAUAUUCAGAUAGGCAACAAACAGGACUUCGUGCAUCCUGCUUUAAAUUAAAUUUAAAUUAAACUUUGUGAAUUGAGGAAAAGUUGUGGUUUAUUCUAUAGUUCAUAGUUUCUGAUAUAAACACAUGAAAGUUUUCAAUAUUUUGUUAACCUGCAGUUAUACUAAGUUCCUUGUAGUAAAACUACUUCCAACUACUAUUAUAAUAUGUCAUCAGUAACAUAAUCAUUUGUCAAAGAACAAAAGCUAUUGUAAUCUAAUUUCAUCUCUAUGUUUGCAUUUCAUAUCUGGUUGCCUAUGAGUUUGUGUGAAAACACAAACUACCUUUGUUAUUUUGUUAAAAAUACUUUUACAUAAACAAUGUUCAUUUGUUUAAAAUAUUGUUAAAGAUUGCAACAUUCAACUACAAACAAUUAUGUACUGGUAUUUGCUACAAAGAUGCCAGCUGUUAUUGUACUAUAAACCUAUUUACUCUAUUCCUUGACCUCAACAUUACCAUUUUUAAAUGAAGUGUUGUGAUUUAAUAUUGAAAAGAGGUAGAUAAAAUUAGUCUUAUCAAUUGUUUUGGAAUGUAGAACUUCUGCUGUUUCUACCAGGUUUAAAUGUCUAGCUUUAGUUUGCAGAAAGAUCACUAUGUAAAAGAAGCUGACUGUAGCUUAGCUUAAAAUCUCUUUAGUUCCAAUGGCCAAGUUGACUGUAACCUAGUCUAAUGGAAGCAAAUUAUGAUGAGAAUUCCAGAUUGAUAAUGUUUAGAUAAGGAACAAAUUCUUUGAAACUUGAUGGAUUCAUUACAUUUUUACACCAUAUUCUACUCUACAUUUAUUGACAAAGUUUUGAAUAGUUGUGAAAUGAAUAAUACUUUAGUUAACUAUUAAUUCUAAAUGAACUGUCUGGUACAAUUUGAUAUUUAAAUAGAAUUUCUUAUAAUUUAAUAAUUAUUAAUUUAAUUUUUUGAAUUGAGAAAUGUCAAAGACCAAAUGUACAUUUCUAAUGAAUUUAUCUUGCUUUGAAAUAAAUCUUUUAUUAUAUGGAAA